AGAGUCGGCGUCUCACCUCUCUUAUCCAUGCCGUUCGCUGUUACCUCCUUCCACUUAUAUAUUUUGCAAAGAUCUGUCUCGAACCAUUGUAAUUUGACACUGACAUCUGUCGUAGUAUCUUCUGUGUUAAACAAAAUUCUGCUUUUCCUUACGUACCCAGCAAUCAGCUCUGUUUCUAGUGUAUUCUGAGAAAUCUCUCUUCUUUGAAAUGGCAACCGUCAUGGCCAGCCUGAACGUUGCCGUGGUGCAGCCCAUCAACGCGGUGUCCUCCACCAGCCAAGUGCAUUUGGGAUCAGUCAGCCGUCUCGGAGGUCUGAGGUUGAACGUCGCUCACUCCAGCUUCAGUCUCCGAUCUUCCCCCGCGCGCUCCGUCGUUGUGGUGCGCGCCGAGGAGGGCGUGGUCGACAAGGUGGAGAAUGCGGCGGGAGAUGCAGCCAACAAAGUGAAGGAGACCGCGGGAGCCGCCAAGGACAAGGUGCAGGAUGCCGCCGGUGCCGCCAAGGGCAAGUUAGAGGACGCCGGGAACUACUUGUCCGGAAAGGCUGGAGAGGCUCAGGACAAGGCGCAGGAUGUAGGGCGCGACGCCCAGAACGAGGCGGAGAAGCUGGGCGACAAGGCUGACGACGCAGGCAGGGACUUGGAGGGCAGCGCUAGGAAUGCGAGCAAGGACGCGAGAAGCGAAGCUGAGAAGCUUGGUGACAAGGCUCAGAAUGCCAUAGACGAUGCCGGGAACUCGCUGCAGAAGAAUGCAGAGAAGGCGAAGAGCAACGCUCAGGACGCGGGGAAGGAUUUGCAGGAAAAGGCUGAGAAUGCAGCGGAUGGUGCCCGUGACACAGCGCAUGACUUGAAGAGAGAUGCUCAGAAGGGUGCGGACCGCAUUUCCAACUGAGGAUAGCAGCAUCAACAGAGUAGUUUGGGUGUAAAUGUCUUGAAGUGUGUAAAAUGUAGGCUGAAAGCGCAUUCAUUGUUGAAAUAUGCUGUUACCUGUAUCGUAUUGUAGGUAUGAAAUCUUGUUGCUGCAAAACUCUGUACAGCUAUCGCAAUGCGUGUAUUCAUUCUAUUAAAGCAAAUCAUGUUAAAAUUUA